UGGAGGUGAGAGGCAUGGCCGCAAACCGGGUGGGAAGGCGCUAUACCAGUAAAGUGCACUCACCGAGCAGAGGCUCUGGUCGGGAAUCAGGACUGAGUGUGCAGAAGAGACAAGCCCGAGUUACAGUGAAAUAUAACAGAAAGGAGCUGCAGAGGCGUCUGGAUGUGGAGAAGUGGAUAGACACAGGACUGGAUGAGCUCUACAUGGGAAGGGAGGAGCACAUGCCAGAGGAGGUGAAUAUCGAUGAGCUUUUGGACCUGCCGAAUGAUGAGGAGAGGACCAAAAGGCUCCAGGCUAUUCUCCAUUCCUGUAAUACUAACACAGAAGCAUUUAUUAAGGAGCUGGUCCUGAAGCUUCAGGGGCUGCAGAAACAGGAAGACCUCCACAAUGACGGCAUUGAGCAUCCUCAGCUCCACAUCUUCCCCAACCGCCAAAACUCUGCCAAUUCUGAAAUACUUUAAGAUACACUGACAGCACCCACUGCUUAUAUGGACAGAACUUUUCCUGUGUAAUACUACCAGUGACCCAUCACUGUUUAGUUUUAGUGUUGUAAUUUUAACACAUGCAGUGCAUCCAGAUGGAACUAAUUCAGCACUCAGCCUGUAAAACAACAUACAGAACACACACACACACGUAUUUAUUGACUUUUGACAUGACCAUUAAUGCCUGGUUGUAUAAACCACGUUUAACAAGCACAUAAGAAAGAGAUUUUUUUAUUUCGAUGAGCAGUUUUCAGCUGUUUUGUAGUAAACGUUAAAAGGUUUAAUUGACUUGUACACACUUUCUUCAUGUGUUCCCUGUAUGAGUUGUGAGACUUUAACGCUUCUUGUGGUAACUGCUGUAGGUUCUAUGUCAUGUAUGAUCUAUGGUUUUGUAGAAUAUAUACAGUUUAUAAAUGUUAAUUAAAUACACAUGGAUAUACAGCUUGUGAGAAGGUUUCACAAAAAUAUUAACUAAUUAAUAUGUUUGACUUAAUCAAAACUUUAUGGCUCAUCUUCUUAAAAUCUUAGAAAUGUUACACAGACCCUUAUAAUCCCAAGAUCUUGAACGGUUCUUGUCAUAAAUAGUUCACUAUUGCUUUAAGCUCUACAACCCAGAAGCAUCCUGUGUUAAAGUAACUUUGUGCUCACCUGAGAUCUUGACUCAAACGUGGUGAUUAUGGUGAUUUUACUG